UUAUGUAAAUGUCUCCAAGUAUUGUUUUAGCUAGUAAUUUGACUCUUGCAUCCCCAGGAACUAUGCUAAUCAAUCAAGAUAUUUGAAAAUAUAAGCGAAAGCUUAAUCAAUACUUGAGAUGACAUUUGGGAUUUUUUGAGGCUGCCAUCCACACGCGAGAUUAGUAUUUGUAUUGAUUGUAAGUUGCAAGGACGCCCCGGAGAGUCGUCAAGUCCCGCGGCCAGAGUAGUCUAAUAUUUGGUUUACACCGCGUGUUACAAUAAAUUAUAACCGGAUCGAGGACAUACGAAAGAAGUAGGUAAAAUAGUGAGGAAAACAUUUUUUUGCAGCGCGACUCUCUAAAAGCGGUCUUAAUGCAGAUAAUCUAGAAGCACGCUGUAAUGUACCAAGUGUGACGUGCCAAGGAAUCAUCGCUUACUGCAUUGGAAAGGAAGUGAAUAUUUUUUACAUGUGACAUACCAAAAUGAAUUAUUUUACUUAUUACACUUAGUGUUGAUAGCCGAUAGGAAUCUUACUAGACGUACCGCUCUGAUUUCGCAAUUUUGAUUGAAGCUAAGGUUCGUCAAUGUUUGGCUAAAGUCUAUAAUAAUUUGUUAUGAGCACUCUGAGCUUAAUUACCUAAUCGAUAAAACUGAAUAAGUCGUCGUUAAUUUGUGCUGUUGUGAGGUCCAGCAGUUAGACGAUAACAAAGUUCAUGCAGUCAACAGUGCAAUAUGAAUGAAUGAAUGUACCUAAGCCUCAUGUGGUCUUUGCUAUUAGCAAGCGCGAUGGCCGACCGUCGGCGACGAGACUACACACACUUGGACACAUUAAUGACAGUAUAUGUCUUAUGUUUACACUGUAACAACUUGGCCGGCGCUUCGACGUUCGUAACAGAUCCGGCAAAUAGAGACGUUUAUGAAGGAACCGAAGUUUUUUUAAACUGUGCCAUUAGGGAUUAUCGAAGGAUAAAAUGGUUUGUUGAUUCAACAGAGAUCACAUCGAAUGACCGCUACACGGUAAAGAGAGGCGAAGACACAUCUGUAGAUGUAAAUUUAUCUUGGUUAAAAAUAUCUAAAGUACUACUAUCCGAUGCUGGUAAACAGUUUUUUUGUGUCGCCGUUAACGAUGGAAACCAGAGAGUUGAGUCAAAGAGAGCGGUGCUAAACGUCACUAGGGUUCCUUCCACACCUAAUCCCGACUGUCUUCGGCUCGAUGGUAGUUACAACGAAGGUGAGAUAGUCAAAGUCACCUGUACCCAAGAAAACACGAACCCUCGUGUACGCUUAAAUAUUUAUAAAGGUGACAAGUUACUAAGUGGCAAACCUGCGGACAAUAUACAAUCUACAUUCGAAUAUACUGCUACAUUUGAGGCUCACCGCUCAGACGAUGGAGUAACAGGCCUACUCUGGUGCUCUCAAACUCCACCGAAUGACGAUUACCCUCAACGAUUUCGUAAAAAUUGUUCAUUUAGUAUCGUGAACGUGAACUUUGCACCAUCAAUAACUAUCAAUGGUGCAACUGAGAUUACAUUGGACAAGCAACGAAAAGAGCAAGAGGUCGUUUACGUGUGCACGAGUUUUGCUAAGCCAACUAGUGUUACGUACGAUUGGGAAGUUAAGUUUCAUCACGAUCCUACCGUUAAGUAUUACAAGCAGCAUAACGGAAGUACGUUACGCCUGGUAUUAACCCAAUCGACAGUUGUGCGGGAGGUGAAUUUAACUUGCAUCGGUCAUAACGCAGUAGGAACGAGCAGCGUGACACAAACGUUAUUAGUGAACCACGAUUCUAAGGCCACCGUCAGCCCAACACCAGAAGUUCCAGACGGUGGUCCUGAAUUUACGUGGUCAACAGCUCUGAUUCUCGCAGUGACCGGAAGCUGUGGCCUAUGUAUUGCUCUCUUCACUGCCGUCAUUAUUGGAUUUUAUCACUUUCAACUGCCACAGUCCAUUGACAUAUACGGCGAGCGAAUCGCACAACCAGAGGUAUAUUUCGAACCAAAGGAUGGAAUAUCUAGUCCACAGGUGAUUGAUGGUAAACACUCAGUUGGUGUCCAGGUGUCCGAACAAGCAGACAUCGAAUCAGUUUACACUGAGGUGUCUGAAUAUGGAAUCAAAAAAGAUAAAGAUAAAGCACUACCUGAAAAUAAUUCAUAUUCACAUGUCUAAAAGAGAAAGGUAAAAUUAUUCCCGACUAAAACUGGUGUUUAUUCAGAAACUUUUGGAAUUAACAGAUGAUGUCUCUUUGUUAACUGGUUCCGCUGGACGACUGCGUUCUCAAAAUUUUGUUUUGGCUUCUAAAUGGUUUUUUUUUUUCUGAAAAUGUUUUUUUUUUUUUUUUUUUCUGAAUCUUCAUAAAAUUCUCAGAUCUUGAACCCCGCCGGUAAAGGUGCUAUAUAUUAUAUCUUUCAUUAUUAUUUACAAAUAUAAAUGAUAAUACUGUAAUAUAAUAUUAAAGACCCAAUCGUUACGGUAUAUAUGUAAAAUAGCUAGAUUUUUAGGAUUUGUAUUGCUCGUUAUAAUGAUAAUAUGUAUAAUAAGCCUACUAGAAAUAACCUUAAUAAAAACCAUAAUAAUUAGGACUAUGCCUUAAUAAUAUUGAAACUGAAUAUAAUGUACGGUAGAGCUCAACCCAGCUAACAACUAUGUUAUAAUAUCGUUGCAGCUGGUGUUUUUGUAUAGAAUCAUAAAUACGUAUUUUUGACGUAAGUUUUGACUAAAUCGUUGCUGCAACGAUGUGCUAACGUUAAUUUGUGGCAUAACGUAACCAAAACAUUCACAACGUUCACGAAUGUUACAAUGAAUUUUUUGUUUGCUGGGUGAGUAUCAGCAUAUUUUAAUAAUAUAAAUACAUUUUGAAAUGGUUUUAAUAAAAUAUAAAGAUAACCGUCUUAUUGUUUAACAAUACUGUAUAGUUAUUUUAUAUAAUGCUAUUCCAGUUCAAAUAUUAUUGGCACUAUCACUCUCACUAGCAUUCCAUAGCUAUACUUCAUUCAUUCAUUGGAAGCACCGAUCUCAAACGAUCGUACAUUUCAAUGUUAUUAGCGAGGUAUUACUGUGAUUUUUUUUGUACUGUUUUGUGUGGUUUGUCAGAUUGCAAUAAGAAAUCUAAAUAAUAAUUAAUAUGGAUUAUGAAAUUGGCGCACAGAGACAAUUAAAUAGGAUUUGACGAUAAAAUUACUUAUAAUAAAUGACAGAUCAGCUAACCUCGGCUAAAUCGGUGGUAGUCACUGUGUGUGCGCUGAACACUGAGAGAUUUUUUCAGAUGUUUAAUCUCUGUUUCAAUUCUAUCCGCCAGUCUCAGGUUUCAGCUGGAGGGCUGAAAUUACAAGUUACGAUAAUAUUUUUUUCUUUUUUUUUAUUUGUCUCUUAAAGGAAUACAAACUUUUCUGAAUUUUGGUACUGGUACUGUAAUUUUGCUUGAAUUAGAUUAUUAAAUAUUUAAAUA